CUUACACACUUUGAGAAUUGCAAGUCAUACAAUCAGGUAUGUAAUGCAGUGAUACUUAAAAUCAAAGACAUGUAUUAGAAGAGUAGAUAUUGAAAUUAAUGCAAUCAUAUGGGAAUCUCAAUCAAGAGUUAUAGAAUGCUGAAACAAAAGCAUUUUUUAGAGCAGAACGUACAUUUAUUCAUCUCAAUCGAAACGAAGCCAGAAUGUGACAAACUAAAAUGUUUAGUCAUACAAUUUUUAGGAAAGAUUGGAUAACUUUAAAAAAGAGAUACAGCGUUUAUCUUUGCCUUAAAAAAAAGAGAUCAAGUAGAUCACUUCCAAAAGUAGAUUAAUUUGUCAUUUGGCUGAUAACAAAGGACAUUAUAAGUAAGAUCGCU